UAGCACAAAAAUAUCUUAAAUGUGCUCUUGGUAUCGAUAUGACUGAUUGGGCACUAUGUUACACUCAUUGCUCUUUUAAUGAUGGGAUACAAUCAACACAAUACAUUAAAAUCCAAUUACAACUUGAUAAGAAAGAACAGUUUGAAUGGAAAGAACAACUUAAUCAGAAUCCAACUGUUGAGUUGCCUAAUGUUAUAAACGACUUGGAUAAUGCAGAUUUUUAUGAAUUAUACAAUUCAGAUUAUGAGGAUACAAUAAAUCCAACAAAUAAUAUAAGUUUUGCCAAAGACAAAUAUGAGUCUGGUGCUUCUAAAAAAUGUUUAAAAAGCAUAUUAGAAAAUUAUGCUUCCAAACAUUAUAAUCAAAAGACUGAUAAGCCAAUGCAAAGAAUUAAUAAAUAUACAAAAGAUUUGGAUGAUAAUAGGUAA